AUUCAUUUCGAUCAUCUGCCCAAAUAAUCGAUUAACCUGAGACUUUCGUCGCCACUGUAAAUUAUCGUUAUUCCGAUUAGAUGACUCCGAUUUUGGCAUGUCGCCGGCGUUGGUAGUUCCCGGAGCUCCGGUGCAUACCGACAAUCCCACUGGUUGGGCCUCUCCUCCUAUCUCCUUCGAGCUUUUUCGGUUUUCUCCAAUCAGCCAAUUCGGACGACAUCAAAAGUUUCCGCAUCACAUGGAACAAACCAAUGCCAUGGAUGGAGCAUCUGGGAUUUCAAAAUCGAAGGUCCAGAAUUCGAAUUUCACCUUUAGCAGCCCUUCUGCUCCAUCUUCGCGCCCGGUUUCGGGUCUGUCUAGGCCGAGAUUGAUGAAGGUUCGCAAGCAGAAUAAUGCUCAGAAUUUGAGGGCGACGACAGGGAUCGAGGAGAAUCUGCUUGCUCCUGGUUUCAAUCCUUUUGCUUCUGUUGGCGACAACGUGGUGCGACCCGUUUCUGGGUCGGGGAUGGCUUCGUCGUCUCUAUUCAGUGAAAUUGAUGCGGGACAGACUGGAAAUGAGCCAUUUGUCUUUGGAGGCAAGAGGGUUGAUCCGGGUUCGAAUUUAAACAAGAACCACAUGGGUUCUGCGGUGAAUUUCGAUCAAGGAAUUGCUGAUCAAAUGAGAAAUUUGAAAAUGGGCAAUGUGAAUGAUGUUUCAAACUUUAAAGAUGGGGGUUAUAAGAAGGGUGAGUAUGCAUUUCAGAGUGGUCAUAAGAAGAGUUUCAGUCAUGAUGGAAGCUUGGUCUCAGCGCUUCCAGAAGACAUGAGGAAGUUGAAUAUUGGCGUUGGCGGAGUUGAAGACAUUGACAAAACCAAAAGCAGAUACUUAAAUACAUAUACGGAUGAUUUUUCCAAAUUCACAUUCCAGAGUACAUCCAACCCAAGUAUUUCUUCCACUGUUGAAAUAGAACUCCAAAGAGAGUUGAACAAGAAAUUGAGCAUUAAAGAAAGCAGUUCUGUUGGUCUACAUAUUGAUAACUCAACAAAUGAAGUUCUCAACCAAAUGAAGAACUUAAAUGUGAAGGAUUCUUCGGCUUUUGGUAGUGUUAAGAAGAAUGAAGUUGAUGUAACAACUGGUAGAAGCACAGAAGCCAGUCUGUUGAGAGAAAUGGAGAAGUUAAAGUUAUUCAGUGAGAAGGAGGACUUCACUAGACCAAAAUUUUGGAAUCCUUCCUCUCAGGUACCUGAGGGGGAAAUUAACCAAACAGUUGGAAGUGGUGGUCAGGUAGACAAACCCAAGGAAGGCAUCAGCAUGACACAAAAUGCCACGCCUUCAUUGUCAUUCUUAUCUGGAGGCGUAAAUUUUCCCAUGGUUGGAAAUUCUUCUGGAGUCACCAAGAGAGAUGAAUUUGUCUUUACAGGGAAGAAAGAUGGUUCAAACUCAUCUUUUGUUGAGUUCAAAACACCAGGAUUAAGCAAGGAACAAACUAGCAACCCAAGAGUGAAGAAAAGAAGAGGUAAACUUAAGCUGUCUACCCCUGUCCAGUUGUUUCAUGGACAAGAUUUUGUUUCAAAGGAAACUGUUACCGAAGGAAACCCAGAGGCUUCUGAGGCUUAUUCACCAAUGGAAGUCUCUCCAUAUCGGGAAACAUGGGCUGAAACUCGUUGUUCAAGGGAGAAUUCUGUGACGUCCAACGAGUCCUUGAGUCUUGAUACCAACUCUACUGCUACUGAUGUGGUGCAGACUUCUCAUGAUGCUAUAGAUGAAGAUCUAAUUGCAAAAACAGAAUGCUUACUUAUCGAUGAAUGUGAUGCUGCAUGCAAGGAAACAAAGGAGAAAGCUUCAGAGUACCACAUUCCUAAAAUUAUUUUCAGUGAGGAUCCACAAGAUGGGUCUACAUCUGGGGUGGAAACUGAAAGCUUUAAAUCUGCAAAUGAUGAAGUGGAAGCUGCGAGCAGUCCACGCUCAAGUGUUGAAGCCUGUGGUGUUGAUAGUAUGCCACAUCUCAGUCGUACUUCAAGUUCAAAUGAUAUAAGUGGGUUCCCCUUCACAUUCGCUGCCUCUCACUCGGCUGAAGCUCAAUCAUCUAGUCCUAAGCGUCACCUCAAAAAGAAAAAUUGGCUAAAUUUUGGUUAUGAUGCCCACAGCUCGACUCCAAGCUUGAAGAUUUCUUAUUCAUCACCAUCAAUGUCCUUUUCUUCAUGCUCAGAGACAUCAUGUCUUUUCACAUCAGGGCAAGCUCAGAAAGACAAAGUAUCAACUCCUCAACCUAAGACGAGGGAUUCUGAGAUUAAUAAGGAGCAGGGGAUGAAGGAGGAGGCUGCUUCUAAAAAUGCUGCAAACAUUGCUGCUCAGGAAGCUUGUGAGAAGUGGCGACUCAGGGGAAACCAAGCCUAUAAAAACGGGGAUUUAUCUGUGGCAGAGGAUUGUUACACUAAAGGACUUCAAUGUGUUUCUAAAGAGGCAACAUCCAGGAGCUCCAUGAGAGCUUUGAUGCUCUGUUAUAGCAAUCGUGCUGCCACACGCAUGUCUCUUGGGAGGAUGAGAGAUGCACUAAAAGAUUGUAUACUGGCGGCUGAAAUAGAUCCAAAUUUCCUCAGGGUACAACUUAGAGCUGCAAAUUGUUACCUUGCUUUGGGAGAAGUUGGAGAUGCAUUGCAAUAUUUCAAGAGGUGCUUACAAACAGGAGCUGAUGUAUGUGUAGAUCGAAAAAUUGCUGUGGAAGCCUCUGACGGCUUACAAAAAGCACAGAAAGUAUCAGAAUUCACCAAUCAUUCUGCUGAACUUCUGCAAAGUAGGACAAUCUCUGACACAGAUAGGGCAUUGGAACAAAUUAAUGAGGCGCUGAUGAUAAGUUCAUACUCUGAAAAAUUACUUGAACUGAAAGCAGAAGCUCUUCUCAUGUUGUGUAAAUUUGAGGAGGUGAUUCAGCUGUGUGAUGAGACACUUGGUUCUGCUGAGAAGAAUUUUUGUUCAUUGGAUGCUGAGGGAGAAGUUAUAAAUUCGGAUAUCUCACAACUCCAAAAAUGCUUCUACUUCAGGCUAUGGCGAUGCUCAAGGAAACUUAAAUCCUACUUUCACCUUGGAAAGCUUGAAGAAGGUCUUUCUUCACUGGAGGAACAAGAAAAAAUGAUGUCUUCCAUGAACAAGAGUGGAAGCAAUGUUUUCAACUCACUGAUUCCCCUGGCUCCCAUUGUACGUGAACUCUUACAUCACAAGACUGUGGGGAAUGAAGCAUUUCUGGCAGGAAGGCAUGCAGAAGCUGUUGAGCAUUAUACUGCAGCUUUGUCAUGUAAUGUGGAAUCUCGCCCAUUUGCAGCUGUCUGCUUUUGUAAUCGUGCUGCUGCUUAUACAGCAUUAGGUCAAAUCACUGAUGCUAUUGCAGAUUGCUGUCUAGCUAUAGCUCUGGAUGGAAAUUAUUUGAAGGCACUUUCUAGGCGUGCAACUCUGUAUGAGAUGAUCAGAGAUUAUGCCCAAGCAGCUAGUGAUCUUCAGCGACUUGUCUCUAUUCUCAAUAAGCGGGUGGAUGAUAAGGCCAGUCAGCAGGGAAUAUCCGAUAGAUCUUAUAAUUUUACUAAUGAUUUGAAACAAAAUUCUAUUAGGCUUUCUGAAAUGGAGGAAGAAGCCAGAAAGGAGAUCCCUCUUGAUAUGUACCUCAUAUUGGGAGUUGAACCGUCUGUUUCUAUAUCUGAAAUCAAGAAAGCCUAUCGGAAGGCUGCGCUUAGACAUCAUCCUGACAAGGCUGGCCAAUCUUUGGCACGAAAUGACAAUGGUGAUGAUCAGAUGUGGAAGGAUAUUGCUAAUGAAGUACGGCGAGAUGCUGAUAGGCUUUUCAAAAUAAUUGGAGAGGCCUAUGCAGUAUUGUCAGACCCUGCUAAGCGUGCACGAUACGAUGCUGAAGAAGAAAUGAGAAACGCUCAAAAGAAGCGCCAUGAAGGGAGCAUGGCUAGAACUAAUGUCGAUACCCAAUCUUACCCAUUUGAACAAAGCAACAUAAGGAGACGUUGGAGAGAUUUACGUAGAUCAUAUGGUAACUCAUCUUCUAGAGGCUUUGAAACCGGCCAGUCAGGGAGAUCGUAUGGUAACUCAUGUUCUAGAGGCUUUGAAACGGGCCAGUCAGGCAGGUACUAAGAACAAGUUGGAAACAUCAAUCAUUGGUAAGAAUCCGGAUCAGCUCUUAGAAUUCAACAUAUUUAUAUGAUUCACCAGCUGCUGUUCACCUGCCAAACAUGAGGAUCUAUUUACACUGAGCAAGAGUCAUGCACUUUCGCAAACAGAUUUGAGAUCACUGGCAUAACCAUUGAGAAUCUUGCUUGGUGGAUGACUCUCAUUGCCUGGGAGGCAAUGGUCUUUUCUUAUUCCAUUGACAAGAGAAAGAAAACUUGCUUGCGUUUAGUGAUCGUUGCGUUCAUUUUAUGGCUUGCCUUCAACAGGAGGAAGGGUUUGGUGAUUGAAAGUUGUGAGCUUGGUUUUAUUUUUUAUUUUCCUAAAAAAUUUUUAAAAGCAAAAUGAGCUUGAUUUUUAUUGAAAGCUUGAAAUUUUGCAAUGAGACUGAGGUCUCUUUUUUUGAGAGAUGUAAAUGUUCCAUAGUCACUCGUCAGGGAGUUGAUAUUUUAAGAUGUAGCCAGUUUUGCCUGUAACGUUAGUGUGUAUGCAAAAGGGGAAGGAUUACGAUCUCUCCCGGGUUUACUUAAUGAAGCUUGCAAUAUACUACCUCCAGUUUUAAUUA